AUGCUGUGGAGAUUGACUGUUGCCGUGGCCGUGGUGUGUGUGGUUGGCAUGUGCAGCUGUGUGAAGGCGGAUGUCAUGAGCAGGCUGAUGGCGCCGAGGGACUACGGCGUGAAACUGUGCGGGAGGGAGUUCAUCAGAGCCGUCAUCUUCACCUGCGGAGGCUCCCGCUGGAGACGAGCCACGGGGGGGGACUCAGAUUCUUUCCAGUGGAGUUCUCUCAGUGACAUCACAGCGGGGGACAGUCUGCACAGCUGGCAAAGUGGCGCCGAGCUCCCAGAGAACCGCUCUCCUCCCCAGGUCGUCUCCUCUCACUCGCUGGCCGACCUCCUGGCUCUGUACGCGGCCACAGGGGAGCGACGGCAGCAGCCGAUGGAGAGAUCAGUGCCGGCCACACUAUUAGGUGAGCAAGACGGGAGUCAAGAGGCGGAGGACUGGACCGUGGUGAGCAAGAAGAAGAGGAACUUUUCUCUGGGUGUGGCGGGAAUGUGCUGUAGCCAGGGCUGCACCAAGAAUGAUAUCGGACGAUUGUGCUGA